UCUUAUGAAGAAACUAAGAAAAGAACUACUUAUCUAGGAUAUUUGGCUCUUAUGUUCUUAAAAAAGAAGACCAAAAAAAAAAAAAAAAAAACGGAUGGAAGAAAAAAAAUAAUUGCGAGCGAACGUCAAUUAUAUUUUUUGGACAAUAACGCAGAAAUUAAAAAAUUUGAGUGAGGGGAGGUACAUCGCCGAGCUCUAUGUAUAUAUAGAAAUAACAAGAAAAGGAAGGAUUUUGCUAGCUUCGAAUUAAUUGAAGUCUGCAAAAGAAAAUCAUUUAUGGAGAUGACAAAUCAAAAGGGCAGAGUUUGUGUUACUGGGGGUUCCGGCUACAUUGGUUCUUGGCUCGUCAAAAUGCUCCUUGAGAAUGGUUACACUGUCCAUGCAACUCUCAGGAACUUAGGAGAUGCAUCAAAAGUAGGCCUUUUGAAGUCUCUCCCAAACGCAGAAAGCAAACUUGUUCUGUUCGAAGCAGAUAUUUACAAUCCUAUAGAAUUUGAGCCUGCAAUUAAAGGGUGUGAAUUUGUCUUACAUGUUGCCACCCCAAUGCAACACAACACUCAGAGCAAUCAGUACAAAGACACCACUGAAGCUGCUGUUGCUGGGGUGGGGGUUAUUGCUGAAUCGUGCAUUCGAUCACAGACCGUCAAGCGGCUGAUCUACACCGCAAGUAUCAUGGCGUCGUCGCAGCUGAUCGAAGGCGGAAAUGGACUGUGGUCCUGCGUUGAUGAGUCUUGUUGGACUCCUCUUGACCACCCCUUUACUUGUGGCACUGAUUCUACUUUGGCAUAUACUAGAUCAAAGACGUUAGCUGAGAAAGCAGUGUUGAAGUACAAUGAAAUAGAAAACAGUAAACUAGAAGUGGUUACACUUCCUUGCGGUGGGGUGGGAGGAGACACUCUUCUUCCGUACUUGUCCUUGACAUUGGAAGUGAUUUGCUCACAACUAAUUGGGAAUUCAGAUUUGUAUAAAGCAUUUGAAUUUUUGCAAGAAAUUACUGGUUCAAUUCCUCUUGUGCACAUUGAAGAUGUUUGUAGGGUCCAUAUCUUCUGCAUGGAAAGACCAUCAAUGAAAGGCAGGUUCUUCUGUGCAGUUGCCAACCCUACUGUAAAAGGAAUUGGACUUCACUUCCAAGAUAAUUUCCCUGAGUACAAGAUUGCAAAAGGAUUCUUAGAAGGGCCAGAGAGAGGAACUACAUAUGAUUUCACGAAGCUGAUGAAGUUGGGGUUUGAGUACAAAUACGAUGUUAAGAAGAUACUGGACCAAAGUGUGGAAUGCGGAAGGCGAUUUGGAGCUCUCUGAUCUUCAGCAGACUUGAUCAUUUCUCUGUACUCAUUUGUAUUAAUUUAGAUUUCCCUCUUUUCUUCUUAUGUUUUUUUCCCUUCUUUUUUAAACUAGAAUGGUAUGUACUAUGGUGAAAAAACAUACUUAAAUUUCAUAUAGUUACAGCUAUUCGAGUACACUAGCUAGUGUGUUUAUUCA